UCGCUCCCAAUCCCAUUGUCCGCAUCAGCGAUUAGCUGGAUUGAUCUAUUUUCCCACCAAAUCCAGAUAAAGAGGAGAAAGGAAGAGCCGAUUCCGGGAAAAUGUCAGGGAGAGGCAAGGGAGGAAAGGGUCUCGGAAAGGGAGGCGCGAAGCGUCACAGGAAGGUCCUUCGGGAUAACAUUCAGGGCAUUACGAAGCCGGCCAUCCGGAGGCUUGCCCGCAGGGGAGGCGUCAAGCGCAUCAGUGGUCUCAUCUACGAGGAGACCAGGGGCGUUCUGAAGAUCUUCCUCGAAAACGUCAUCCGCGAUGCCGUCACCUACACCGAGCAUGCCCGUCGGAAGACGGUGACCGCCAUGGAUGUCGUCUACGCCCUCAAGCGUCAGGGCAGGACCCUCUAUGGCUUCGGCGGCUGAGAUGGUUCUUCAUUGUAUUUUUCUAUGGUUCUUUUUUGCCUUCAUCCGGUUCUGAUGGUUGUAUGCCUCUGAAAUGUACUAUUUAGAAGUGUUGGUUCCACACUAAUGUUAAUUUUAGGGUUUGAAUUUCGAGAA